AUUGUGGGCUAUACCCCCAUUAACAUUCAAUCAGUCAUUCCGGUGCCAGCCAAUGAAUGGUGGAGAGGGAUGGAGGAGGACGGAGCUGCUAGACUGAGCGUUUUGACGCGCUGAGAGGAGGACAGAGCGUCGCAUCUCUCCAAACGCCCAUCAAACUUUCACCACAGCAUGUAGAGAGGACCCAGUCCUCUGAAAGAGGCCUGUUAGAGACAACAAGGACACGCUGGAUUCUGGGCAGACGGCUGGACAGCGAUGGAGACACUACUGGCAAUUACUUUUGGUACAGUUUGACCCUGCUGCGAUUCCCCCUGAAAACAUCUUGUUCAUUUUUUUCGUCCUUUUUGCGACAGAUCGACAGGAAUGGAGCAAGCACCCAGCGCGCCGAGCCCUCCACCAAAACCAGCCCAUCACGAGCCCAUUAGCUUCGGCAUCGACCAGAUCCUGGGAGCUGGUACAGAGCCAGAAAACGGGCGCGCGUCUGGAAGACAAAGUGGAUCCGAUUUAAGCAACGGGGACGGUUAUUACAGUUUAGGAAGCCCGACCGGGGCAAGCGCGCCCUCAUACACCGCGCUGUCUAUCUCCCUCUCCGGUAUAAUGCCUCCGGUGGAGGCGUCAGGUUCAUAUGGGGAGAGCAGGAGUCUGGGAAGCCGGGGAGUAAUUCGAGUCCCGGCCCACAGACCCAUGACAGCGCCGGGACCCCCGGCCCCCGUCCAGAGCGCUGUCCCUGGGUUUGGAGGGCUGUGCUUCCCCUGGAUAGGAAACAGGUUCGCCAAGGACAGAAUAUCAGCUCUGGUGCCGUUCGCCGUUACGCGGCGGAUAGGACACCCGUACCAGAACCGGACACCGCCCAAACGGAAAAAGCCCCGCACGUCCUUCUCCAGAGUUCAGAUCUGCGAGCUGGAGAAGCGCUUCCACCGGCAGAAGUACCUGGCCAGCGCCGAGCGGGCAGCCCUGGCCAAGAGUCUGAAAAUGACAGACGCACAGGUCAAAACCUGGUUCCAGAACCGCAGGACCAAGUGGAGGAGACAGACAGCCGAGGAGAGGGAGGCGGAGCGUCAACAGGCCAAUCGCCUCAUCCUGCAGCUGCAGCAGUCCGCCCUCCAGAAGUCCCUCAGCGAAUCAGCGGUGUCGGAUCCACUGUGCGCGCAUAACUCCUCCCUGUAUGCCCUGCAGAACCUCCAACCCUGGGCCGAGGAGAGGGAAUAGAGACCAGCCACCACGCUGUAAUCAAUAAGCAUCAUCUAAUAUCCCUGGGAGGAUACAUACAUUAAAUUAGGCCUACAUGAGGACAGUGGGACUUACUUUGAUCCAUGCAAUGGAUAAAAAAAAAAAAUGUUGGACCAGGUAAACUGAAGAAUGGGUCACAGGCAGCCAUUUGAUUGGACGGUUGUGAAAAUGGACCUGUGGGUGAGUGAUGCCUGUUCUGAAAGAUAAACAGAACUUUCUUGGAAUAAAUCUUGCAAGUCUGUACUGGGAACCGUGAGACUUUUUUAAAUCCAAAAAGGAAACAAUACUUGUCAUUCAAAAUUCUCGUGACCCUGUAAUACUGUAAUGUACUUAUUCUGUUCAUAAGAAUAAGAUAAUUUACCCCAUAGACUUGAAGGAGGCAAUUCAUUCUCCCCAGUAAGACACGAUUAAGUGUUUUCUGAAGCUCUUGCUCUCAACAACCAACUCCUUAUUCUGCAACACUUUGAAAGGGUUGGCUCUGUAUUUUUAGGGGAAGAACACCAGCCAUAUAAAGGCAAGGCCUACACCCCAACACAUAUACAAUAGAGUACUUGCAUAAAAAUGUGUCUGAGUUUUAAAUAAAUCUCCUGCUAUUUUAUCAAAAUACACAAAAAGAUGUCUUCACGAAAAUGCAGAUAAAAGCGGGUUCAGAAUUUUUUUUUUAUUGUACUGGUGCUUAAGCGUUCUUCCGAUCUCAUUUAUAAAUGUACCCACUUCAACUACAAUGCACCACCACAUCCACCUAUACAUACACAGGUGUGGUGCACCAACUUAGCCCAAGAAAAUUAUGCCUAAAAUGUUACAUUAUGGGGAAGAAAUGCUUUUGUGCAAAGUAAUAAAAGGAAAAUAGAUGUCAGGAUAAG